CUUUUUCUGCUCCUUUGCUGUCCAGCCAGAUUGCACAACCAACCUUUCACCAGCUAAAAGUUAAAAAAUGCCUCACUCAUGCUCCUGUAAACAUACAGUUCAUUGGAAACCAAACAUUAGCUUAAGAUAUGAAGGAAUAAGGGUUGGAAGCCCGGUAGUAAAACAAUUUCUGUGUUGCCUAGAAUAGUUGAGCAUGCAUCUAAAACCUGUCUGACUGGCUGCAGCACAAGUCUUCAUCUAGGGAGAUGGCUUCUCUGCUUCAAGGGGUUCGUCGCCUACCUGCCUGGCUUCUACUAGUUCUGCCCCUCUGGAGCCUUUCGGAAGGGGGAAAGCUAUUGAUGAUUCCCCUAGAUGGCAGUCACUGGUUCAGCAUGCACUCAGUAGUAUGGCGGCUUUGGCAGAGAGGACAUGAAAUAGUAGCGGUUGUGCCAGAAGCAAGUGUUCAGAUACAGCCAUCGGAGCACUAUACAGUGAAGACAUACUCUGUGCCAUACACCAAGGAAUACUUGGAAGCCGAAUUUAAAAGACUGGGGCAUCAUAUAUUUGCACCUCAACCUUUCCUGGAAAAGAUCACGAAAACAUUCGCAAGGAUAGGAAAUAUUACGGCACACUUACUCAGUUCCUGCAAACAGCUUCUGUCCAACAAAGAGCUGAUCACCCACCUCAAAGACAGUGCAUUUGAUGCUGUCUUGAUGGAUCCUAUGUUUCUAUGUGGACAAAUAGUAGCCGAAUAUUUGUCCCUACCUUCUGUUUACUUCUCACGGGGAAUUCCAUGUGGAUUUGAAUUUCAGGCCACCCAGUGUCCAAACCCUGCUUCUUAUGUCCCCAAAUUCUUCACCAGCUAUACAGACCACAUGGCAUUUCCCCAGCGUGUGUGGAACGUCUUAGUCAGCUCAGCAGAGUUCUUGAGCUGUUCCCUUCUUUAUUCAUCCCAUGAAGAUCUGAUCAGGGAGUUCCUUCAACAAGAUCUGACAGUGCCAGAGCUUUUAAGUCAUGCAUCUAUUUGGCUGUUGAGAUAUGACUUUGUGUUUGAGUAUCCGAGGCCUGUGAUGCCCAACAUGGUUUUAAUUGGAGGCAUAAACUGUGGCCAGGAGAAACCAUUAUCUCAGGUUAGUUCUUUUUUACAAUUAAAACUGGACUAUCCUACUAGCACCCACUAUUAGAUAACGCUUCUAUCGGUUAAAACAAAAUAAAAGUAAGGAAGCGACAGCAUGGAAGAGCUUAGAAAAGCAUCCUCUCUUAGAGUCAUAAGUAGUCACUUAUAUAAUGAGAGAUCCUCAGUUGUCCACAAAAUGAGACAUGGAAGGCUAGGGUUUUACUGUCUAGAAUAUUCUCAUUUCAUAUAUUUCUUCAUGAGACUUGUGGGGUCACCCAGCAUACCAAAUAAUAUUGAAACUUUGCAUUAUUAGAGUGGCACCUUUCAUGAAGGUAUUUGCUAAGAGUAGGACAGACAUUAAUUAAGUGACAGCUUUCAUACAAGGUAGGUGGGUACUAGCCUCGUUUUGACAGACUAACCACCUAACAUUCAGAGAUGAAGAACCAUCCUCACAUAAAGUAGUUGUAAUAGUCAGGCAUGGAACUCAGAAUACUGAUGGGGGACAGAGAAUGAGAUGGUUAAAAAUGUGCUUGACUCAGUAGAUUGACAGGGCAACUCGUAACUAUACACAAUAUUUAUUUAACAAGUUUGCCUUUCACACUCCAUGUUGUUUCAAGACUCAUCAGUGUCUCCUGGAGAACUUUUGAAAGGGGUCUGAAUUGAAAUUAAUAUUCUGGCAUUCUCUCUUCCCCAGGCUUUAAGGAAAACACAUUGGUAAGAAAUAGGACAUUUAUUGGUUCACUUGCCCUUGCAGUUAGCGUUUCACUUGGUCAGAAUCCUUUGUUUAUGUCAUCACAGGUAGUUGCCGAUUCCUAUUUAGCCCUUUCUGGGCAGUACGAGUCUCAAAAUCUUCCACCUGUCUAUGUCUAGGCAACUGUGAAAGUUUUUUUUUUUUAUUUAAAAGAAAAUUAAAAUUACAGGAUUUUCAAUAUUCUUAAGAUCCAGACAGAACUGAUAAAUCAGGAAUGUAAAAGUGCCUCUUUUUUCAAGCCAUUGUUUAUGUCAUUAAGCUUUAAAAACACCAACCACGUUUCCACAACUGUAUGAUUUGAAAAGGAAAACCUCAGACCUAAGCCUGAAUUUCCUGACACCUUUGGUGUGUCAACAGAAAACAAUGCAUUUAGCUGCUUUUGGGUGCCAGGAAAUAUAUGACUUGGUUUGCAUUGCACCUUCCUUUACUGAACAGAACCUGAAUUCUUUCAUAUAUGUUAUUUAUUUAGUACACUACACCUUUAAUUAUUUCCAUAUGGAGUCUGGAUUUAUGCCCCAAUCCUGCAAACACUUGCACACAAAAUCUUUACUCUUGGGAGCUGUGCCAUAGGAUUCAACAGGACGAUCGCAUGCAUACAUGUUUAUAGGAUCAGACCAUAGUGAAUUAUUUUGCCUGUUAACAUUAUUUCUUUUC